CACCCAUGAUGAGUGUGCCGAACUGUGGUCAGCGGCCUCCAUGAGACCUUUUCUGCAUUGUGUAAUGACAUCAAUAUGGGCAGAGACAAAGACAAUUUUCCUGAACGACUGAAGCGAUGGUUCAAGACAAAACGGGCAAUUGUGCCACCCGGGUGGGGAAUCACUUUAACAGAGGGACUGAAGGCUGAACUUAGUACAGAAUCCCCUAUAACUACACGAAUUAAAACAAUCAAAGAACUUAACGAACUACUGUCAACAAGAAAAUUGGAAGGGAAUGGUGUCCAGAAAGUGUGGUGUCUGGUUGAAGAUCUUCUGGCUCCAACUUGUCCAGCUGAACAACUGCACACCACACUUGAGAUGCUCACCACUCUCACAGAUGCACAUGGUGAUGACCUGGGAAUAAUGCGCCAAGUGUUCUUCAAUUAUAUCUCUGAAAAUUAUGAAAAUCAGGAGAUAAAGCCUAUCUUCGACUUCUUUCGUGGUGUAAUAGACGAGGGAAAGAAUGUCAAAUACAUUGAAGAAGUUGUUGGUACUUUUUUGCUGCAGUGGCUGCCCACAGCUCUAGCAUCACCCCUUGCUAUGGAUGCCCUUAAUCUUGUCAAUAACCUGAUUAAGUUCAACUCGGCCUUCCUAGACGAACAAGUUAUUAUGGGCUAUGUUAAAAUUGGUAUUGGUAGGCAUGUUGUGACUCAACUUCUUCAAGCCAAAAGUGAAGAGGAGGCAGUUUUGUGUCUUCAUGUCCUGGAGUCCAUCAUUGCCUACAGUAUCCUUCCAUCCUCUGCUCUUGCUCAACUUAUUUCUGCACUCACUAGGAUUGUCAAUGUGCCCCAGGUCACAAAAAUGGUUUUCAAGAUUAUGAGUAAUCUCCUCGGGACACACUAUGGUGACAGUGCUUUAUGUAUACUGUGCCACAUAAUUCAGGAAAUUACUGAUCCUCAUAUUGUGCGUGGAGCAAUUUUCUUCAUAACCUCCAUAUUGUGGGGAAGUGCAAUGACUCCUGCAUUGAACUAUACCCCAUCGGUAGUACUUGCAACUUUAUACAAGGCCAGUGAAAACAGCCAUGUACUAGUGGUUUAUGAGGUGGCUGUGAGCAUCCAGAAGUUGGUGGUCAGGAUGGGGUCUAAGCUACAUGUAAAUUCAUGGACCCUCGUUUUGAAAAUCCUGAUGAAUGUGUUUAUGCAUACAGUGAAAAUGACAGAGGAAAGGAUUGAAAAACCGACCAUAUUGGCUGUGCUCUCAGAAGCAGUGGAUGGCAUAGAACACCUUGUGGAGUCGAGGGAAUAUUUUGGAUCUCAUGGCCAGUUUUACUUGCUGGUGGACCAGUAUUCUCAACUACGGCCAGAGGCUUCUGUUAUCAAACUACUGGAUUAUCAAGAAAUGAACUUAAAUCCUGCCAAUCCACUAUGGCUUGUUAAGUUGGCCAAACUGUUUACCCAUCACUAUCAUGGUGACCAAAGACUGAAAGUAAAAAUGAAGGCAUUGGAUAUUCUCUCGCAUAUUUUCAAGAAUAACAGUCAAGUAUAUGGGACGGAGCUCAUUAGAGAAGUGAUCGUGCCUCAGCUGAAUGGAGUUGAAAAAGAAACUGAAGUUAAAGUUAGAACAGCUGCUGUCAAAUUUCUCUGCCAGAUAUCUGUGACACACAAAUCUGACAUCAUCUUGGAUGUACUGAACAUAUUAGAGAAGGUUCUGUUGGCAUCAUAUUUGAAGGAAGAGAGAACUGUUUUGCAGGAAAGUGAAGCUACAGAUAUUGUUGCUGUAGUUGAUGGCUUGAUACAAGUCUUUAAGGUUAAGAUGUGGGAGAUACCGGCAUCCCAUUCACUGAGUGCAUUUACAAUAUUGCUUCGAUGUUUAGAUCAUCAUUACCAAAACACUAACCUAAAGAGAGUAUCUACAAUAAGAUAUCUGAUUCUGGAAAUGAUUCUUGACAUGAGAGUCAACUCACACUACCAGAUAGGAUUCCCAAGACUCCAUCAUGAAGAUGAGAAUUCAGGGAGAGAGGCUGAUUCCUCCAUGAUUUCACCAUUUUCUCCUUUCUUAAUUUUGGAUCAUGAGUUGAACAGAAGAGUCAAGCAGGCUUACAUGAGGAAGGACCAGCAGGAGGUUGAGAUACUGGGAUUUUCGUCAAUGAAACAUGACAGACAUGUAGCUCAGGAAAUAGCAAAUGAAGUAAAUCAAGUUGCUGAAAUAAGAGAAGUAGCAGGAUCAGAGAUUUCUUUUCCCAAUUACGAAGUUACAAGUCUACCAUACACCCAAGCAACAAGAAGAAUCAUCAACUCCUUGAAGCAAGAGAAAGACUGGGUAGUACUUCGCUUAAUACUUGAGAAGUUGCCAGAAGUAUUGAAGAAUAAGAUUCUCGUUCUCACUAAAGGCGGCAAUGAACUUGACUCUCUUACCUCUGCACUUUUUUCACUGAUUGAUGGUAAAACCCUUGACGUACCAAAGUCCUUGUACAACACACCGACCAAAUUUACUCAGUCAGACUUUCAGUGUUAUGUAUUUCCAGUGUUAGCAAUGCUUGUCCCUCAUCAGGUGCACAUGGAGUCCACUACCCAGCAGAAGAUAAUCAGGAUUUUAGAAAGUGGUGUAAUAAAUCAAUAUGCUGGAGGACUGUGUAUAAGUGCCUUAACAUUGUGUGUCCUUGAAAUGCAAGAUUCCAUGGUCAAGAGCUUGCAUAGGAUUAUACUUCAUUUUACAAAAAUUACUGCCACUGUACCUAAGUCUCAAGCAAUGAUGGAAUUUCUUUCUACUGUUCUACACUUCCCCAAAGUAUAUUCAAACUUUGUGGCUGACCAAUACAUGGCAAUCUUUGCAAUUGCUAUACCUUACACAAACCCAAUUAAAUUCAACCAUUAUAUUGUGUCAUUGGCUUACCACGUCAUUGCCAUGUGGUUCCUCAAAUGUCGCUUGCCAUUUCGAAGAGGAAUUGUGAAGUUUAUAUCCAAGGUAAGAGAAUGUGUAAUUGUUUUUCCCCAUUUAAUGACCAAGUGUUUUCAUAUUUCUAUUACAAAUUUGGAGUGCUAUUGUAACAGUAUUAAUUUAGAAAUGAUUCAGAAUAAUAUGACAUUAGCCUUGAAUAUGAAGAAAUCCAGUGCAGAGAGACAGACAAAGGUCAAAGGCAAGGGAAGUGGCAAGAUGAGCAAAGAACAAGGAAGUGAUGAAACUGAGCAAGAGGAAGAAAGGAUACACCUGUAUAGUGAACUGAGAGAAACCUGUGUUGACUUGAUGUCUCGAUAUUCCUUUGCAUCAUGUUCACCCCUUCCUAAAAGGGGGCCUGUGGCAGAAAUGUUGAUAUCAGGAGGUCCAAGUAUGACCUGGUUGAUAGGCAACAAAUUAAUAACCAUCACUACCUCUGGUUGCUCACAAAAGGCCCUUCAAAAUGGACUCUGUGAAAAGUGUCUCCAGCUCUGCAACACAGAUAAGUAUAGGCAAGAUGAUAAAGAUUUGGUGAGGCCCUCUUCACCAUUUUCUCCAGACGUUGAAGCUUCUCCAGUUAAACCAUUCUCAGAGCCUUCACUUGACCAGUUGUCGGACUCAUCUUCAGCUUGCCCCCACUCUGAAUUACCAACAGUUCACUCAUCUUUGGAGUCAUCAUCAAUGCACAGCUUUUCUGAGACAUCUGUAAACCCUUCUGUUACAAAGCUAUUACCAAGCCAUUUGGGUCCCGAGUCAUCAACAACCUGCAUAGUCACUGAAACCUCACAAACUUCACCAGUGUCUGAACCAUCCUCAAGUUACUCAAUAUCUAUUCAGUCACCAGGCCCCUCUACUUCUGAAACCUCCCCAAGCCAUUCAGUUUUGGGACUGUCCCGAAGAUGCUCUGGCUCUCUUUCCCCAAGCCAAUUUCUUCCCAAUACAGCUCUUAGUUGUUUAAACUCUGAUCUUCAAAAUUGUCGAACUUCAGCUCCACCUCUCAGCCAUCCUGUCUCUGGUUCAUUUCUAAGUAGCUGUUCUACUGACAGGGCGAAGAUUAAACUUGUUGGUAAAGAUGAUCUGGGGUGUCCUGUUUCGCCAAGUGAGAGUAAAGAUGAUAAAGAACCAGGAACAAAGUCCCCCACAAAAGGGCUUACUUCACCCCUAAGUGAUCGUCUUCUGUUUGGCAGCCAGGAAAACACUGCUAAGGACACAAAUUUUAAACAGAAACAUAAACAGCAUCAUUUGUGUGCAUGUUGGUGCCAAGGGUGGGCAGAAAUAUUCAUUAGGCAACCAACUGGUAACACAUCUUGGAUGAUGCGUAUCCAAAAUCAGCAGACAUUGAUGACAUCUGAAGGUGAACUUCCACUAUAUAACUUGAGUGAAAUGUAUUCACCAGCAGUUAGACAAGAUCCAGGUGAUGGUCUUGACUCUGUCUUCUCGGAACUAACAAGAGAAGAAAAGAAAGAGGAGAAAAGUGUUAGACAAAGUAGCAGCAUCUUGACAGUCGACAACAUCUCUGGCUCUCCUCGUGUUGGUACUGGUGUUGCAGAGAGAAGUGGUGUAGUAUCUCCACAACCUCUACGACGAGAUAGAGGACACACUAUAUCUGACAUGAAUCCUGCCUCCCGCAGAGUUCUUAAUAAAGAUUCAGUUGCUGCAAGUAAAUCAAAGAAAAUUGAAGAAGGCAUUUCACCAAACUUCGUCUUUCUUCAGCUGUAUUAUCAUGGGCAGCUGGGGGAUACUGAGGAUCGUCCACUUCUGCUUCCUACUGACAGAAUCGAGUUCCAACGUGCCCUAAGAGUAAUAGAUCUCAUACGACCUCAGGAGACUCACAAGAUAGGAGUGUUGUGUGUAAGAAAAGGGCAGACUACAGAACAAGAGAUCCUAAGAAAUACAUUUGGAUCCCUCAGAUAUAUGUCUUUUAUUAUGGGUUUGGGUAAAGGACUUGAUCUUCAAUCAUUAUCACAAGAUGAAGUGUUUCUUGGUGGCCUUGACACAAAGGGAAGUGAUGGCAAAGCAGUUUUUAUAUGGCAAGAUGAUGUUAUGCAGGUUGUAUUCCAUGUUGCAACACUAAUGCCUACAAAGAAUUUGGACCCCAAUUGUAAUGGAAAGAAAUGCCAUAUAGGUAACAAUUAUGUUACCAUUGUGUACAAUGAGAGUGGUAAACCCUACGACAUGAACACUAUCAAGGGUCAAUUCAACCACACAGUUGUUGAGGUGGUUCCAUAUGACCACCAUACCAACACUGUGGGUCUCCUGUGUCGACCAGAGCUGAGGGAGUAUAUAGGAAAUGGUGAUCCCAGGCUUGUGUCUGAUGAUAAUCUGCCCGUUUUAGUACGACAACUUGCUCUCCAUGCCAAUCUCGCUUCAAUGAUUUUGGAUUCACUAAAUCGUCCACCUCAUACCCUAUAUGCAAGUAACUGGAUGGAAAGACUAAGGAAGAUCAGAAAGAUCCGCCAAACUGUGCUUAAUGAUAUCAAAGACAAUGAUCAGGGGCUGAGACCACCUCAACUGCUGGAUUUCACCGAUUUGACAGAUUCCUGUGUGAGGAGGAGGACUAAGAGUCACAGUGAUGGGUACUCAAUCCACUUCUUGUACUGAUGUGGGAAGACAGAAUGAAGAGGAUUUACUGAGACUGAGAUUUAGGUAGACUGGCUGAGUGAGUGUUGAAGGGACUGGCUGAGUGAGAGUGGGUGUUGAGACUGGCUGACUGAGAGUGGGUGUUGAGACUGGCUGACUGAGAGUGGGUGUUAGGGACACUGGUUGACUGAGAGUGGGUGUUAGGGACACUGGUUGACUGAGAGUGGGUAUUAGGGACACUGGUUAACUGAGAGUGGGUGUGGAGAGUGGGUGUUAGGGACACUGGUUGGCUGAGAGUGGGUGUUGGGGAGACUGACUGACUGACUGACUGACUGAGAGUGUGUUGGGGAGACUGACUGAGAGUGAGUGUUAGGGAGACUGAUUGAUUGAGAGUGAGUGGUAGCAAGACUGAGCGGGUGUCGGGGAGUCUGAGCGGGUGUCGGGGAGUCUGAGCGGGUGUCGAGGAGACUGAGCGGGUGUCGGGAGACUGAGCGGGUGUCGGGAGACUGAGAAAGUGCUGGGAAUAACUGAAUUAGGAAUAUGGAAAAAUGAACCAGAUGAGUGAACAUACUGGAAUUAAAGGAAGAGGGAGGGAAGUCCAUGAGACUUGAACAGAGGAAGCAAGCAGUCCUCCAGUACAAAUACCUGUAUAUUAAAAUGCAGUACCUUUGCCUGUCUCUUUAGUGUGCUAAAUAUUUUUAAAUAGACUACAAUUAUAUUCUGUUAAUUAGCACUUAUAUAGAUUGUUAUUGCACUAGAGAUAGUUAUUGUAUGGAGUAUUCAGU